AUGGCGGCCCUGACCGAACAAAGAGAGCGAUUGGCAUCCCCUGCCAAUGUCCUUCCGAAGAAUGGAUUCAAACUAGCCAAGGAAGGGCGCCCUGGCCAAUUCUCAAGACACCCGAUCUCUCAGCUGCAAGGCCCCUUCGAGGAGUCGAUACAAGAAGCUAUUGAAAUUGGGAAGAGCGAACGGGUAGCUAUUCUUGAUGCUCAAUCCAGGCGCAGGGGCAUACUUGAAACCCCCGAAUAUGAACGACUUUGUGGCCGGAAAUGGCGCCAGAGAGCCGACGAAAGAUAUCAUCCUUUGUGGAAACUCAUCGCCCAGAUGACCUUUGGGGUCUACCUUCUCGUUGAAGAGCUCGCGAAAUCGGACGUAGAGGUUUUGAGAAUCCUCCAGAUACACGUGGAUGAGAUGGAUGGAUUUCUAGGCAGGACCUCGGAAGACUUCCAUAUCAUUCAGGUCGACGUGCGCACGCGGACUCAGUACCUCAGCCUACCUCUCAAAAACCUAAAGAUCUUCGAUGAGAUGCUAGAGGAACGCAGCUUCCGUUCCUCUAUGAUCGAAUAUAAUGAUAGGAUAGAGCACGCCAUCGAGCGAUUUGCGACUGCCAUUGAAGACUCCCUUAAGGAUAUACAGAAAGGCCGGGAAGCAAUCGGUGCUUUGUGGAUGUACCUGCAACAGUCAGCCGAAAGGCACAAUCCAUUGCCCGCCAAAAUGUUGGCUGUCUACAAUGCUAUGCUGGCGAACGUGGAGGGCUGGAACGUCGCAUUCUCAAAGCUUCGCCGGAGAGGCCUCGCUCUUCAAUCAGCCCUUCUUCAGCUUGGCCUAGCCAUCACGGAAAUGCAGCGACGCGUAGGGGUAGCAAGCCGAAAAGCUGUUGUGUCUUUCAUUCAGAGUUCCAAAGGAAUUUCCAGAAAAAGGUCACUGCGACAACGACUCAUUGAGCAAGACACGUUCGUUAGUACGCCGGCCUCGUCUUCGAACAAACCUCUUCCCGUUGCCCCAGAUGGCCCGGCAACGGCGACCUUCUCUAAGCCGACUGAGCGUCAUAUGCUUACGCAGAAAAGUGUUCCAAAUCUCAGAGCGGCUAGGGAGACUGACAAGCGCAGUGCAGGCCUAAAGCUACGGGGCCGAGCAAAGUCUGUAAAUGGCGCUGCCGAAGGCCUCGACUCUGAAAACUUUAUCCUCAGGCUUCGCCGGCUCUCGAGGGCCAGGCUAAGGACAAAGGAACCGGCGAGCGAGAACAUUGACCCGCCGAUAGCGCGCCCUUCCACGGCACCAUCCAGGGCAUCAACGGCUCGAACUAUAUCCCUGGAGCCACUGAAGUCCCUGCAUAAGAACAGGAAAGAAGAAACUCAAAGAGCUCAGGCGGCAGUGGUGGCGGCUCAAGCGGAAUGGUCGACCGUUCCUCAAACUUCGCUGCGACGAGAGACGAUGAAACAUCAAUUACUGCAGUAUAUCAAGUCGGACAAGGUGGUAGACGCCUGGGAGGAUGCGGCACAGAAAGAGAAAAAGAAAGACCGGCAAUCCUCCCGAGUCAAGAAGGAUGGCCCUCGGAGCAAGUUUUGCGCCGAAUCCUCCAUCAAUACCGACGGCCGCCUGCACCUUAAAACAGACAUGGUCGAAUCCAAUUUGAACAGGGACAUGGCCUGGCUUCAGGAGGAUGGUGGAGUGAUGAAUACUUAUUCCUUGAAGCCCAAAAGGGAUGUGGACCCUAGAAUCCACGUUCUUUCAGUCCAGUUCAGUCUGGGUCAGGACAGAACUGUAGCAGGAAAUCCGGACAGCGAGGCAGACCUUGGAGUUUCCCCGGAAGAUCCCCAAUCGGCGAUAACCGCCCUUCCUUCCAUGCCCCUUCCAUUGGACCAGGAAAGCGUCCAUCCUCAUGCGCCUCCUCAUGGACCGAAUGUCGAAGGCUCUCCUGAGCCCGCCAACAUUUUCAUCUAA